CUCGAUAAGUUUAGGGGGACUCGGCGCUUAUAUAGCUGAAGGGUCAAAGCAUAAUUACCCGACGAAACGACAGCCACUAUUUUUGAGUUUGCGAAGCACCAUUGCUGCUGCUGCUGCUGCUGCCUGAUCGUCGUGAUGGAAGAGAUAGAAAAGGGAAAGGAGGAGAAGGAAGAAGAAGAAGAAGAAGAAGAGGAGCAGGUGUGGAACAGAGAGAGAUUGGAUACGGUUUUGAAGAUUGUAAGCCCAAGACUGCCUCAGAGAGACCUCAUCUCUCUCUUACUUUUAACCCCGUGGCUUCGCCGCUCUCUCGUCUCCUACCCCUCCCUAUGGCUGGUUCUUGAUCUCCGCGAGAUGAACAAUGCUGGGGAUCGGCUUGUUUCCGCUCUAUCACUGCCCAUAUACAAGCAUGUCAAGCGGAUCAACCUUGAAUUUGCACAAGAUGUUGAGGACAAACAUCUUGAUAUCCUCAAAAGCAAGUAUUCAGAUUGCCUUCAGAAUUUGGAGUCCUUAAACCUGAAUGGCUGCCAAAAAAUAUCUGAUAAGGGAAUUGGAGCUAUUACAGCAGUUUGUCCAAAUCUGAAGCUUUUCUCCAUGUAUUGGAAUGUGAGGGUAACAGAUACUGGUAUAAAGCAUUUGGUGAAGAACUGCAAGAACAUAGUUGAUUUAAACUUGAGUGGCUGCAAGAAUAUUACAGACAAAAGCUUGCAACUUGUUGCUGGGAAUUAUCAAUAUUUGGAGCAUUUGAACCUUACCAGGUGCAUCAAACUAACAGAUGGGGGUUUGUGUCAGAUAUUGCUCAACUGCUCUUCUCUUCAGAGUUUAAAUCUCUAUGCUCUUUCAAGCUUUACAGAUGAGGCUUACAAGAAGAUGUCAUUAUUGGCCCAACUCAGAUCCUUAGAUCUAUGCGGGGCUCAAAAUCUAACUGAUCAAGGAGUCUGCUGUAUAGCCAAAUGCAAGAAUCUGGUGUCCCUCAAUUUGACAUGGUGUGUACAUGUUACUGAUGAAGGGGUUAUAGCCAUUUCACAAGGUUGCACCUCUCUUGAGUAUCUCAGCUUGUUUGGAAUAAUUGGCGUUACUGAUAGAUGCUUGGAAGCGCUGUCAAAGUUCUGUUCAAGUACAAUCACCACUCUUGAUGUGAACGGAUGCAUUGGCAUCAAGAGACGAAGCCAUGAAGAACUGCUUCAACUGUUCCCACAUCUGAGGUGCUUCAAAGUGCACAGCUAGUGUCAUUUAAUGAAGUUGUAAACAAUUGUCUCCAUCCAUCUAGGCCCACAAUCCUGUUGUAGGAAUUCAUUGAAGGCUCAUGGUUCAUUCAUAAAAGGGGAAAAAUGCUAAGGAUACUGAAGAUUGUUCAUGACUGAUAGUAAACCCUGCUCAAUGAACGGGCCUUUUGAGAAGCUAUCCCCCCCUUUUUAGAAAACUUCCAAAGUAUUGAUUUCAUCCAUGCAAAUGCCAUUUAAGGUGGGAAAAAUCAGGUUCAAUAUUCUACUCUUCCUUGCAGUACAGAUUAAUGGACACCACGGUUGCUCAGAUCAAUGGAACUGUGGGGGUAUUAUUUUGUACCUUUCGUACCCCUGCCUCAGUGAAAAUGAUCAUAAUUCUCUAUGCUUUCAAUCUUCAUUCAACUUAGAGAUGUAGACAAAGUUCAUUUCCAACAGAACUAUGAAUCCUCUGUACAACAUACUUGUUUACGUAGAAAAUCCUAUGUGACAAUAGGAAAAUGAUGUGUUUUUCUAUGAA